AUGGACCCUCUCUUGUUGGCGGCCUCACGCCUUGCCAGCCAUGCAGGUGUCAACGAGGCGGAUGCCGGCGUGGUGGGAAAGGCACUGGUUGGGCACGUAGAGGAGGUCACUGGAAAGCCGCUGGUCUGGGGCGCCGAGUUGGAGGACCCAUGGCUGGGCCCCCGCAUCGCGGAGGCAGCGGAGGAGGCGAUGAAGAGCAUCAAGGCCGACUGGGGUCCUGUCUUCGUCUACGGGCCCCUGUUGCUACCCGCGGUGUGGGGCGAGCUCAUCGGCCGGGUGCCGGAAAUGGCGCCGGCGAAGAUCUGGGGCUUCGUGCGGCGGGGGCUGAUCUGCUCCCCGGAGGCGGCGCUUGUAGUGGACGAGGGCCUGGCGGUGGGCCAGGUGGUGUAUGGCUUGCUGCCGUGGGAGAGAAAGCUGGUGGAUGUGGUCAUGGAGGACACCUUCGCCAUGUCCCGGGGCUCCGUGCGGCUCAUCGAGGACGAGCUGCAGCAAGACGUGGAGGUGACGAUGUACCUCUGGCGGGAGGAGUUCCUGGAUGGGGUCACAGAUGAAGACUGGUCCAUCGAGACCUUCGAGAAAGAGUGGCUCCAGGAGUACAUGUCCUUUUGUCGCGACAUGCGGAAACAGAAGGACUUGGACGCUUUGGGCGAUGAGGAGUUGAAAGAGAUGACGAUGACAGGGCGUCGCAGCCAGAAGGAUGAAGAAGGCGACUUUCCAGAGGAUGGGAUGGGCUCUCAGUUCAGCUCCUCGCCCCAGCAGCAUGGCUUAUAA